CCCCGGUUCGCCGACCAAGAUACAAAAAAAAAAGAAACAAAUAAAAGAAAAGAAAAGAAGGAGAUUCCACGCUUGGAAUUUCUGCUGCAAUCUCGGCGAGACGAUAAACAUAAUUGUUGAACCGACUGGCGCAGGUGAAUUCCAUCAUCUUCCGCUUUUUUUUUUUUUUUUGACGCCAGCUGUCUGCACAGCCUGUCAGGAUUUUCUGCAGUGCGGAGAGUUCCCAUCGUCCAUCAAAAAACCCCUUUUUUGGCUCCUCUGCGCAAUCACCCGCAGAAAGAAGAAGAACGGUUCAAUUGAUCGGUUAAAAAAGAAGCCAAGACAAGAACCUUGAUUUUUGCAAAGGCCGGCAUCAUCCAGACCAACUGCAAGGCCAAUUAUUUCUGUGACUUUGACUAGCCAUGGCAUCCCCUCUGCAGUUCGCCUACCGGACCCAGAAGACCAUUGGCGUCUUUGACGCCGCUCCGGUCUACGAGCCCCUUUCUGGGUUCACCAAGCCCGAGGGAAACCUGCGGUGUUGUGCCUACUCGCCUUGUGGCCGCUUCUUUGGCUGGGCCACUCCCGAGGCUCUCAGCGUGGUGAACACCACCAGCGGCCAGCUCAUCCUCAACCUUCCCAUUGUCAACGUCUACGAGCUCGGCUUCUCACCCCUGGGCACCUUUGUCAUCACAUGGGAGCGGCCGGCCAAGGACGAGGCCGGAGACGCGACCAAGAACCUCAAGGUCUGGCGUACCGUGGAGGAGGGCGUCGACGCUGCCGCCAAGGUGCCUGUAGGCCAGUUCGUCCAGAAGCAGCAGGGCGGCUGGAAUCUGCAGUACACCGCCGACGAAGCCUACUGCGCCCGCCUUGUCACCAACGAAGUGCAGUUCUUCCAGAGCCAUGACCUCGUCACGGUGUGGAACAAGCUGCGCGUCGAAGGCGCUACCAACUUCGCCCUGGCCCCGGGCCAGGAUCACGCAGUGGCUGUCUUUAUCCCUGAGCGCAAGGGAGCACCCGCCGCCGUCAAAGUUUACAAAGUGCCCGCAUUCCAGAGCCCCAUCUCGCAAAAGACCUUUUUCAAGGGAGACAAAGUGCAGCUGAAGUGGAACAAGCGAGGAUCCAGCCUCUUGGUUCUGGCUCAGACCGACGUGGACCGAUCCGGCAAGAGCUACUACGGAGAGACGACUCUAUAUCUACUGAGCACCAACGGCACUUUGGAUGCUCGUGUGACUUUGGACAAGGAGGGUCCCAUCCACGACGUCUCGUGGUCGCCUUCGUCGCGACAGUUUGGUGUGGUAUAUGGUUACAUGCCAGCCAAGACGACUAUUUUCAACGACCGCGGCAUUGCGGUGCACUCAUUCCCCCUUGGACCUCGCAACACCAUCUCCUUCUCGCCUACCGGCCGCUUCGUCCUCGUUGCCGGCUUCGGCAAUCUCGCUGGCCAGAUUGACGUGUACGACCUGGAAAAGGACAACCGAAAGGUCUGCACCAUCGAGAGUGGCAACCCCAGCGUGUGUGAAUGGAGCCCCGACAGCCGUUAUAUCAUGACGGCCACGACCUCUCCGCGACUGCGAGUCGACAAUGGCGUCAAGCUGUGGCACGUCACCGGCGGACUUAUGUACAACGAAGAUAUGGUUGAGCUGUACAGCGUUCUAUGGCGACCCGCAGAUGCCGCUAGCAUCGAGGGUGGAGAUCCCCUCAGCUCUAUCCCGACCGCACACGCUUCUGCGGCGACCUUCCUCAGCACUGUCAAGGCUCCCAGCAAGCCUGCUGGAGCAUACCGACCUCCCGGUGCUCGUGGAUUGGCCACACCACUUCAUUUCAAGCGUGAGGAUGAGGGUGGCGCCGCUCACAUUGUCAGCAAUGGCACCCAGAACGUGAGUGCCAAUGGAUUCGGCAGGGCUCGACGUGCCGUCCCCGGCGCUGAGCUGGCCGAGGGCAAUGUCCCGACUGUCCGAACCGUACCUGGAGCGGAGCCUGCCAAUGAUGAUGGCUCUGCCAAGAAGAACAAGAAGAAGCGCAGCAAGAAGAACAACCAGCCCGACGGCAAGCUGGAGCCCGAGCCUAACGGAGGGGCCAGCCUGGCCCCGCCACCGCAGGAGUACGGCGCUGGCUCGGGCAAUGAAGGUCGCAGCCCAGAGAGGCGCGGAGUGGCCGGCGGCAACCAGAACGGCCGCGGCUUCAGAAGCCGCUCUCGAAACAACAUGCCAGCCCGCAGCCGAAGCAACACCCAGCAAGGUCCUCGAGGCCAGAACGGAGGUCAAAACGGACAGCAGCCGCAACAUCACCAGUCCGGCCCUCCUCCCAGUGCCCCGACUGAGCCGGCAUCGCAGAACCCCAACGCUAAGAAGAUUCGCAGUCUUCAGAAGAAGGUUAGAGCCAUUGAAGACUUGGAAAUGCGACUUGCUGGUGGCGAGAAACUGGAGGAUACCCAGCUAAAGAAGAUUCACACUAAGACAUCUGUUCUGAAGGAGCUGGAGUCUCUUGGUGGUGAAUCGUAAACUGUUUUAACAGGACUGGGUGCAUUUGAGACGAGCAAGAGUGUUGGACGAGAAGAAGGAAUGUGUUUUAUUUUCUUUGCUUUGUGGAAUUGGGCGUCCCAUAGGCCGGCAUUCUAAGGCGAUGGUUUUCAAGGUAUGAAUACUUCGGACAAGGGCUAUUACUGAGCGGGCCAGGUUUUUAAAAAAAGGGAUAGUGGCUGAGGGACCUAUGGAUUUGGUUGGUUUUGUACACCACUGCAACGCAACGUUUUCUUGGACAAGAAAAGCAAAAAAGGAGAUGUGCUUGCAUCCGACUCUCGGACCGCUGUUGCCCGAGGCAAGACGUUUUUUAUGUCGGUAAAUAGUUAUGGGAAUCGAGCACUACGCCUGGUAGUGGUAUUCUCUGAAGGAAAUGCUGCCCUGGAGUUUUUAGAUCCGUGGGUACGUCGACAAGUUGCCUGCUGGAAGGGGGGACGGGGGCAAAUGUUUGUUGGCAAUGUCAUGAUGCAUAAUACAAAAACUACAUGUUGAGAUUGAG